AAAUGCUACAUCAUCAUUUGCACGGAUGUUACUUUUUUAAGCGCUUUAUUUAUUUGCUUAUUAAGCGUAUUGAAAAAGAAAAAAAAAAAGAAUCCAUAAUUCUUCCCUUGCAGCUUCACGUACAUGACGCCCGCUCCGCUCACGCGUAAUUUGGCACAUUUUACGCGCUUUAUUUCCUGCGUAAUUGCGCACAAGGAACUCGAGCCUUCUCCCAAGAAGCUACACUGCAAAAAAAACUCCUAACCUCUUAACCUCCUUUUCCAUUUGCUGCUAAAACUGUACUUUUUUUUCCAGCGUGGAUCAGACGCACAGCCAUGAUGACCGGAUUCAGACUCAACUUGUCGCCCCUGAAGGAGCCGCUGGGCUUCGUCAAACUGGUGGAGUGGCUCACGGCCAUAUUCGCUUUCGGAAGCUGUGGUGGUUUCUCCGGGAGGAACAUUUUAUCGAUCUUCUGCGGCGACGGCAAGAAUGAAACUCUUAAUGCCGACUUCCACUAUCCAUUUAGGUUAAGCCAAGUGCCACUCAUUGAGGGAAACACCACUAUUUGUAACCAGUCCGUCACGACGACACACAUCGUUGGAGACUCCACCUCGGCUGCUGAGUUCUUUGUGGGCAUCGCUGUCGUCUGCUUCCUGUACAGCAUGGUGGCUCUGCUGGUUUAUUUAGGCUACAUGCACGUCUACAAGGACUCUGACUUUGGACCUAUUUUUGACUUUGUGCUCACGGCCGUCCUGGUCUUCCUGUGGCUGGUGUGUUCAUCCGCCUGGGCGAAGGGUCUGCAGAACGUGAAAGACGCCACAAACACCGACGGCCUCAGCGCCACGCUGGCGCAGUGCAAGGGCGGCAACGUCACCUGUGAGGUCACGGAGUUCGCCAACAUGCGAACCCUCAACAUCUCAGUGGUGUUUGGCUACCUCAACAUGUUUGUGUGGGCCGGAAACGCCUGGUUUGUUUACAAGGAGACUCGCUGGCACUCCCAAAAGUUCUCCUCCCCAUCUGGACCGGGAAGGCAGCAGGUCCCUGCACCCAUUUAACACAUAGUACACAUAAGAUAAUACACACACAAAAAAACACAUACACAAUUACGUACAAAUACCACACACACACACACUCCUAUAUGCUCACAUGUAUGGACAAAUGUACACCACUGACAUACAGUAUGCACACAUACAUGCACAAAGAAUGUUCAUGAACAUAAUGAAGACAGACAAAAUGAAGGAUAAAUUGUUCAAUGAGCAGUUGAUAAACUUAUUUGAAUGUUAUCAGCACAGCAGCUGCUCUACCGGUCAGACACGGAGAUAAUGUGCUGUUUGUGUGACCCAAAAUAACUAUAUUUCAUAUAAUUCCUUGCACAUUCAUUACAUACUAGAGGAUUACAUUUUUAAAAAUAUCAUAAUUCUGAGAAAAGUGUCAUAAUUCUGACUUGAAUCCCAGAAUUCUGACUUUUGUUGAAGAGAUUUCCACUGAAAUUAGCAUGCUAACAAGCUAAUUGUCGCUUAGUAAUUCUACUUAAAUUCUACUCCUCUACUAAAAAUGUGACCACAACUGCAGCAUGAAUGAAUGAAUGAAUAAAUGAAGCAGUAAGAUGAAAAACAUAGUUGUAAAACAUAAUGUUUGCGAAAAAGCUUUCAUAGCUAACAGCUACGCUAACGGCCAAAAGAUGACAGCACUCGUUAUUGUUGUCUGCGACAGAAAUGACGCCAGACUUUGGUGAAAAAUGAAGCAGACGAGUUCAUCUUUGUCUUGUGUUACUCCCACUAACGCCAAUCGCAGUCAAUAAAAACCCACGUUCAAUUAGCACUUAUCAACGUUUGCUUUUACAACUUCCACGUCAUUUGACCCGGCAGUGAUGAAGUACAUUCACACUGGUCAAAAACCUGUUUUAACCCGUGAUUAAAGAGGUUUUUUGACCAGUGGCAAUAAAUAAAUAAGCAAUGGAAAUUCAGACAACUAAUUUGCAACCAUUGAAGUUGAAGCUGUACUUUUUUUAUGAAGCCCCUCAAUGUUCUCACAUGUGCCUUUAUUUUUUACCACAUAACAAUAAUAAUACAGCAACACUAAUGCAAUUUUGUGUGAAAUCCUUUCACAUGUGUCUUUUUACAACUAUUCCAAAAUGGUGCCUUAUGCUUUGUUCAGCCAUUAAUGCACAGACUGUGACCAAAUGUCACAAGCUUUUCAGCUGCGUUGUGACUUUUAAAUCCGUCUGUCACAUCCAUUAUAUGUUAUACACAUACUCAUUAUUUUCAGGUACUUUUAAAGUCACGUUUUUACCCAUGUACAUGGAGCAAAAUAUGUGUUUUUUUUUUAUUUCUUCCACAACCAGGUUUUUUUCAGGUUAAUACAGAGGCUGAUACUCAUAACUGCAAGUCUAUUCUAUUUUAGAAUAUUUUACAUUUCAUACAUGUGAAAGAUAGUUAAAUUAAAUAUUCUUUGCACCUGAUAUAUGAAGCACACGUGACUCACUCGAAUAUUUUAUUUCCGUCAUUUGCUCUCUGACAUCGAGUCCAUUUGCUACAGUGGUGACGAUCAGACGUGGAAACGACGACGCGUGACAACUUUAGAAUUAUUCAUUUAUCGAAUGAGUGUAGAGAUGACGUCAAUGAGUAGAUCUUGAAGACUUGAACUUGAAGACACUAUCAUAAUGCUAUAUAAUUAGUUUUUCUGGUGUCGUUCGAAGCACUGUGAUGGUGUGAAGCCACAACAAAGGCGUGAUUGGCGGUGAUUAAUUCAGCCUUUGUCUACCAAAGUACCAGUGAAACAAUACAUUCUUGCUUGAUUGUAUCCUUUUUUUAUAUUAUUAUGUUUAAUAUUGUUGUAACUUUUGAAUUAUGAGUUUAAACAGACACUUUUCUGCCAAUGCAACAUUUUCCUUUUCAUUUCUCUAGGCUACCAAACUUUGAGCUGGUGUUAUUCUGUUUUAUUUUUCAUAUUCAAUUAUGUAGAAUGUUAGUAUGAUUCGUUGUAUGUUGGGUGGUGUUAACUUUGGCUGAAAGACAAACAAUAGUGUGUGUGGUGUACUGGUUAUGCCGCUGCACUCCUGGAAUCAUUUCCCAGAUAAAAAUGUGUAUUUGUCAGCGAUUCCUAUGCAUUUACCUGCCAAACCUGUCUUAUUUGAGAGAGACAUCAGUACAUACAGUCUGUGACAUUGUUUUUUUCAAUAAAAAUGAACUGUUUUUCCA